UACACCUGUGAGAGCGAGGUCCGCCAGGCGCCCACCAGCACGAUAUUCACACACAGCGAGAGAGAGAGAGAGAGAGAGAGAGAGAGAGAGAGAGAGAGAAGCAUGGCUCAGUUAGGGUGCUGGACUCCUCUGGAACACUGACCGCCACAGCUGGAAUACCACCAACAACAGCUGGAUUACAAGAACCGACAGUAUGCAAGCAGACAAUGAAGUGAAGAUGGGCUGCAGCCAGCAAGGACCUGAGGAAAGGUCUGGCACCGAUGAGCUGGAGUGUAAAAUCUGCUACCAGCGGUACAACGCACACAGCCGCCGGCCCAAGAUACUGGACUGUCUCCACAGGGUCUGCACCCGCUGCCUCAACAAGAUCUUAGACAUCGGGGACGGCUCCCAAUUCGUCAGCUGCCCCUUCUGCCGUCAUGAGACAGAGGUCGCGGAAUACGAGGUGGCUGGCCUGCCCGACGACUCAAACAUCAUGACCAGGUUGGUCACCAAGGACAAGUCCUGGAGCUCAGACAGCCAAGAGGUGGUGCUGACCCCAAAGAACCUGUCCUCCUCCAGUCCCUCCCAUGACUCCUCCAACUGCCUGGUUGUCACCAUCAUGGAGGUGCCGCAAGACCUACAGCGCUCACCCAGCCGGCACGACAGCUCGGACUACUACACAGAGCAGAGCCUGGAUUCCGUGUCGGUUGGCUCCAACAGCCCCAUAAGCCAGGGCAAUGUCUCCAAAUUCUGCAACCACGUGCCCAGGAUACUGGUCUGGCUGCUGGGAUUCUUCUACUUCGGCUCGCUGCCGCUGGGGAUCUACCUGCUAGUGAUCCAGAGAGUGACGAUGGGAAUAGUGUGUGUGAGCCUGGUGCCCUCCAGCCUGACUGUGUGCCUAGUGUACGGCUUCUGUCAGUGUUUAUGCCAAGGCAUGUGUGACUGCUCCUCCAGAAGCUGAAGCCGGGCUGAUUAGCCACGGGACCAACAGGACUAGUGACCCAUUCCUAGCCGUGGUACUCCAAAGCUAUGAGGGUACUCUCAUCAUUUCCAAUUGUUUCCCAGAACAAGGAACAUGUCAGAAAUCACUGUGGUCCUAGAAUUGCAACACUGAGUGCAGUUUGAGAGUAUUGUAAUCUGGCAAGAGGUACUUUAGUAUUUGUACUCACACCUGGGAGAGGUACAGUUCUAUUCUUUAUCCUAGGAGUGAUGUGUGCCUCGACAUCUACUUCUACUUCUUCUUAGAUUUAUAGAAAUCUUGCAGAUCGAUUCCAAAGUGUUUAGGUAUGACUACAAAAUCACCCAAAAGAUUUCAAAUCCAAACUUUUCACCAUCCUUAACUGGAUAACUCUACCUGUAAUUUCCAUAUCCCCAAAAUAAAAUAAAAUAUUUAGCAGUUGUUUAUUUAAAAUGAAAUAGCUCUUAUAUGAUGUGGGGUAAAAUUCAUGCUAAUGGGGGCACCCUUACGGACAUCUGUGUGUCGCUGUUCUAAAUAGUGACUUAUCUGAAGAAACUCACAUUUACGGUAAAUCAACAGAUGUGAUUCAUGUACCAGGAUUACAGACAUUUCUGAAUGUUAGGUGUCAACCGUCAGAGCCGAGAUCAAUUAGAAUUUAUAAGCGAUACUACUAUCUGUGUGCAUUUUUUAAUGUUCUGCUUUUUUAAUUAGGUAAGAGCAAUUAAACAUAUGGUCUGGCAACCUGAACCAAAGCUAAUCUCA